UUACACUCGUAAAUCAAUCAAUUCGAAAGCAAACAAAAAACAACAACAAAGCGAACAACAACAUGUAGGAAAAACAUGUUGCAUGCGCUAUAAGGACCUCUUCAAAUAAACAAUACUGAGUACAAUGUCAAUGCCUAUUUACACGGCGUAUGAAAAAUGGCCAUUUGUUUUCAAUCAAAUUGAAGCGAACGCGCGCAGAAUGGACAACAACAACAAUAAAAGCAACAACAAAGCAACCAACAGUGAAAGCAACACAACAACAAAGCGCAUGGAAAUGACUUAAAGCCGCUUAAAAGCAACGCCAAAAAAUACAAAUAAAAGAAAGAAAUUCAAAAAAAGAAAUUUAAAUAAAAACAAAAGCCGCAUUGACAUAAAAUACAAGAGGCAGUCGCACAACACGGCGUAUGCGUGAUUAAUUGCACUUUAAAUACAAACGAAAUACGACACAAUCUACAGUCCAAAAUGUUGCCCACAAAUGUGAUGACGUUCAUGAAGAAGAUGGUGGCCACCGAUGAGCAGACAAACGAGCGGCAACAACAUGCAACAGAUUCGGCCUCCAAUACGGGCGCCUUAAACAAAAUGAAGGCAACGCUCUCCUCCUCGCUUUUGACCGUCACAGACAAAGUUAAUAAAAUGUCGCCACGUCCCUCGUUGGUGCCCACAGACGCCGACACAAGCGGCAGCUACGGUUCGCCCAGCUAUCAACAACAGCAACAACAGCAACAGCAGCAACAACAGCAGCAGCAGCAGGAGUCCAGCAGCAACAACAACAAUAACAACACCACGACUGGCGGAGGUGGGGCAGGAGCUGCGGCCAAACAGGAGCCGGGACGGAGAGCGGGCGCUUGCCGCGUGUGCCUCAAGUCCUUCAAGCCGGACGAUUACCACAAGACGUGCUUCGAGUGCCAGCAGCGAGUGUGCGAGGAUUGCGCCAGCUACAGCAAGUUGGAUGAGCACGAGGAUGCGAAUAUGUGGCGCUGCAGCGUGUGCCGCCGCAAAAUGGCGUCCCGUGUGUGCAUUCCACAGGAUUCGACAGACUCAUCGCUGGACGUGCCCGUGUUGGAGGCAUUGCAGCGUCGACACUCGGAUGCCAAACUGGGCAGCAGUACACAGACGCUGGCGCCCAGUAAUGGCGCCUCCGCCUUGGCCCCGCCACGCAGUCCAGAGUUGCGACGUCACUCGGAUGUUUCACCUGCAUCGCUCAAGGAGCUGGAGCGUCAGCUAAAAGGCGGUCGCAGCAUGGCGCCCAGUCGCUCCAACAGCCCGCCACGCGGCAGCGAACUGGAGCCCGCAUUCGGAGCGCCGCUCUCCAGGAUGCAAUCACGUCGCGGCUCACGUGUCUCACGGCAGCACAGCUACGACGAUGACAUGAAGAACGGCGGCGUCGGGGGCAGCAUGGGAGGCGGUGGACCCGCUUUGGGCAUGGCUGCCGAUGGCUCUGGCCUGGGUAUACCCGCUAUGCCACGCAGAAAAUCGGCCUACGAUGUUUUUGCGCCUGGUUUAAUGCAGGGAGCAUCCUCAGCCACACAGUUACAACGUUCGCCCGGGGAGGGUGGUGGUGGUGUAGGGGGUGGUUGUGUUAUCAUGCCACCCGUGCAGUUGCCAGGCUCGCGACGACCCUCGUUCCGUGUGCCACAUGCCUCGGAGGAACUGCAGAACGACGAGUCACCCGGUUCACCCGAUAAGGGCAGUCCCGUCCUCACUGUGGACGACGAUCGACGGAUGCGACGACGCGGCUCCCAGCUACCGGAUAUUGCGGCGCUGCAGAAUCGCGGUGCAUUGCCAACGGGUCUGCCGGCAUCGAUUCCGGCGCCAAUGGCCGCUUUUACGGGUCCCAAUUUGGAGGAUCUGGAGGCGCCCAGACGGCAAACAUCCAUGGAUGGCGAGGCCAUACGAAUUGUUAUACACGACGUUGAUUCCGGCCCGAUUUGUGCAUCAAAGCGACGCAUUAUUUUACGGCGGGAUCCCACGGACAAAGCACAUCGCACACGAGGCUUUGGCAUGCGAGUUGUUGGCGGCAAAACUGGCGCUGAUGGUCGAUUAUUUGCCUACAUUGUCUGGACUGUGCCUGGCGGACCAGCCGAGAAAAAUGGCUUACAGCAAGGCGAUAAGAUACUUGAGUGGAAUGGCAUGUCGCUGAUCGAUCGCAGCUUUGAGGAGGUUUGCUCCAUUAUGGAUCGCACCGGGGACAUUGUUGAGCUGUUGGUGGAACAUGCCACAGAUUUUCGCAUGUGCGAUCUCUUUGAUGAGAAUCUGCCUCCGGGCAAUAGUGGCGGACAGAGUGGACCUCGAAGAUCUGGCGACGGUCCUGUGGGACUGGGACUCAUAGCGGACCCCGAAAUCAACACUGACAAAUCACCAGCAUCGCCAACUAGACGGAAAUUACCAAAAACUCCGGAGCAAAUUGCACGCGAAAAAAUGGUCAGCGGUCGUGUACAGAUUCAGGUUUGGUAUCACGCGGAGAGAAGUGAGUUAGUUGUCUCCCUGAUGGCUGGCGAUGAUCUCGCACUGAGGGACGAGGCCUACGGACACGGCAAUCUGCCGGAAGCGUAUGCCAAGGUUCGCAUAUUGCCCAAAUGUGGUGAUGGCAGUGUGCAGCAGACAGAGGUCAGUCGUCCCACCCAGAAUCCCAUAUGGAAUGCGACCUUGACCUUUGCGCACGUGAAGGCGGACAGUCUGAUGGAUCGGUAUAUAGACAUACAGCUGUGGGAUCUGGUGCCGCACACCGAGUCCAUCUUUCUGGGGGAAUGCAACAUUGAGCUGCAGCAGGCGUUCCUCGAUGACCAGGCCAUCUGGUGUCGCCUGGAGGAUCCCAAGGGAUUGCGUGGCAUCAGCAUCAGCAAAUCUCCGAGUGUCUCGCCACGUGGCUCGAUUGCAGCCGGUGCUGGUGGCGAUGUGUCACGUCUGUUGCGUCGCGAUUACAACAUGCAACGCUCCAUAUCGGAUGAGGUGGACUCCAUUGGGGAUGGGGCGACGCUGUUGCAUCCGGAUACUGCUUGGAUUGCCGGCUCACGACGCGGCUCGUCGCAGUCGGAGACCAUGGAGGUGGAGGUGUAUCAGCUGGGUAAGGACUUCUCGCGCUCAUUGCCGGGAUCGCGUCGCUCGAGCUUCCAGGAUGCCGAGAAGCAUCGGCUCGAGGAGGAUGCGAUGGCCACACCGCCCACCUCCUAUUUGGUGGGCAGGCGUCGCUCCUCGGUGGCACGCCGCGAUCCGGAUGAGAUCCUGAAGUCCUUAAAAGCUGUGCGCGGCGAACUGGGACGCACCAUGAGCCUCGGCACCGAGCAGCACAACAAACAGCGCAUGGGAUCGAGACGUGCUAGUCGCGUGGGACUGCCCAGUGGUCCCAACAGUCGCAAGAAUUCCAUUCUUGAUCUCUCGCAGCAACAACAACUGCAGCUGCAACAGUUGCAGUUGCAGCAGCAAUUGCAGCAACAUCAACAGCUGCCCAUUGGCAUUGGCAACACAGAGACCAGUCCACCGUCCGAUGAUGAGGACAAACGCUUUCGUCCACGCUGGAAGGGAUCGGGCAGCCAGUUGCCACCGCAGAGCGCCAAGCAGGCAUUGUCCAGACUCAAACAGGCUGCCUCCGUUUCAAAUGUGGCACAGGAGAAACAGAAUCUGCAUCAGAUGCUGGGCGAUGGCAACCAACAGCAGCAGACACUACGCAAGGGCAGCAUGAUUAAUCUAAGGGGUCAGGAGAUUCUAUCAGCCGGACAACGCAAGAGCAGCAUCUUCCAGCUGGGAGAUCAACAGUUGCAGUCUCAGUCUCAAUCACAAAUGCAACGCAAGGGCAGCAUGUAUGUGCAUGCCUCCAGUGAAACGCCUCCCAUGGGCACGCCCACCCGCAAGGGCAGUGUCUAUCAGCGUCCCAGUGUGGACAGCAGCAAUGAGAGUCCACACAACGAGAGUCCACAGCGGAAACAGAGUGUGGCCAAGACGCUCAGCGGCAGCUACGUCAACGUCGCUGCCAUCACGGGCAGCGAGUCGAGCUAUGGCCUCAAACUCGGUCCCUCACAGAUCCAUCCCAAGGGCUAUCGUCUGACCACCGCACGUUAUGGCGAACUCAAAAUGGGCUUUGUCAAAAUCAAAGGCAAUGUCGAAGUGGAGCUGAUUUGUGCACGGAAUAUCGUCAAUGCCGAUUGCGAGACGCCUCCAGAUACGUAUGUCAAGUGCUACAUCAAAGAUGGCGAUCGACUGCGGCACAAGAAGAAGACGCGCGUGGUGCGGCAUGCGGCAGAGCCCAUCUACAAGCAGACCAUUAAAUAUCAGAGCGCUGAUGUUUUUGGCCGGAAUAUUGUCAUCAUGGUGUGGCAGCGUUGUGUGGGCUUUGAGCACAAUCAGGGACUUGGCGGCACGGAGGUGAAUCUGGACAAGGUGAACAUUGGACAGCACAUCAAUGGAUGGUAUCCGUUAUUUCCCAUGCACAGUUAUGGCGGCUCGGACUCGGAUAAUUCUCCUUGACCGAACACGCGAAUGCGAUGCCAACAACAACAACAACAACUGACAACAAAUACAAUAAAAUUGAAAUGCAUAACACCAAAAUUUAACGAUAUGCGAAUACUACUUACAACUUAAAGCUCAAUUUGUUAGUUAAUAAGUUUGUUUACCAAAAAUUAAUACACUUCCCCUUUACCCAACAGAAAGUUAUAUACUCUAUAAUAAUUAAUAUAGUUAGAAGAGCUAGAGAGAAAGUUAGUUAAAGUGUGUGACAGAGAGAGCUUUGUUUAAAUAAGGUAAGGUACAUUUAGAGAGCACAAUAAUAAUGAGAAAUCAAGAGUACCAGAAAGAUAAACAAUACAAAAAAGAUACAUAUAUAUUAUAUAUAAAUAAAUAUAUUUUUGGCUUGCUGUUGUUGUUGUGUUUAACGCUUGUUGUUGUUGUGUUUGUACCAGGAAAGUAACAAUAAUAUCGAAAAGAAAAUGCGAGGCAACGAAAGGCAGUUAAUACACUAUAAAUUUAUAUAUAUAUUUACCGUUAUGUAUAACUAAAUGUUAGCUAAAUGUUGCGCAAAUUAACCACACUAUUUAAGCCAACAAAACAAAACUAUUUUAACCACAA